AUGGCUUCUCCUCAACAUCAACAACUGCUGCUUCACAACAGCGAAGUGAGCUGCGACUCUAGCGGUGAUGGCGCUGUAUCCGUGCGCAUCAGUGGUACCAAACUACACAAACAACAGCGUGGGAGUUUGGGCACCAGCGCUAUGUGCAGCAUCCUAGGGGGCUCCAAACACUGCAAAUACAGCAUCUCUUCCAGCUGUAGCUCAGGCGAGUCUGGCAUCUGCAAACCGGUCCUUAAAGGCCUGCGGACGCAAAGGAAAAUGCCACAGCUGUUUGAGAGGUCAGCCGGUCACUUUUGGAACCCCAAGUUUGAUUCCAACAUUCUGGAGGAGGCUUGUCGCGAGCGCUGUUUCCCGCAGAUGCAAAGACGUUUUCGCUGCGUGUUGUUUUAUCUGGCAGCUGCCAGCCUACUUUGGGGAUGUUUCUUCAUGGUUAAUGCCAAUCGAUGUGAACAAACCGCCUUCCUAUUGCCCACGGCCUCAUUCCUACUCCUCUGUUGCCUCCUGUUCAUCUUUACUUUUACACGGUUUUACACCCGCUGCUACACUCAAGCCUCGCUGUUACUAAUUGUGGUCACUUUCGCCCUAACACUCGCACCACAGAUCCAAACAUCAGGUUUUAGCGACUUCAGCAAUCUUUCGAUUAUGGAUGAAGAAGAUUUAGGUGGUUUUGAGAGUGGAAACCUCACUUUUGAGGCUCCCCAAAGUGGAGAUUCAAAGGCCCCAUGUUUAUCUCCAGUUGGCACCUUCUCGCUUGGCAUGGAAGUGCUUUCAUUGCUCUACAGUUUCCUCCAUGUUCGUCUGUAUGCAUCUGUACUGCUCGGCUUGUUCUACUCCAUUCUGUUUGAGACGCUUGGCUGGAUGCACUUGAUUCAAGGUGAUGAAUGGAGCCACUCUAAAGAGGAACAUUUGGAAACACUUUAUUGGCUGAUCCCUGGGAGGGUCAUUUUACAUCUUUGCGCCCACAUCAUCGGCAUACACCUUUUUAUUAUGUCAGAAGUGCGCUCACGAAGCACAUUCCUCAAGGUUGGCCAGGCCAUCAUGCACGGGAAAGACUUAGAGGUCGAAAAGGCCCUGAAGGAGCGAAUGAUCCACUCAGUAAUGCCUCGUCGGGUGGCAGAUGAGCUCAUGAAGCAGAGCGAUGAUGACAACGACAAUUCAGUUAAACGCUACUCGACGGGAGAGGCAAUAGUCGGUGCCGCAAGCCCUAAAAACACCAAGCACAAAAAGACUUCGAUACCACGAGGGCAGAUUAUUUUCCGACCCUUUAACAUGAAACGCAUGGAGCCAGUAAGUAUCCUAUUCGCGGAUAUUGUUGGUUUCACCAAAAUGAGUGCCAACAAGUCCGCGCAUGCACUGGUGGGACUCCUCAAUGACUUAUUUGGCCGUUUCGAUCACUUGUGUGAACUCACGUGUUGCGAGAAGAUCAGCACGCUCGGGGACUGCUACUAUUGCGUCGCCGGUUGUCCUGAGCCGCAAGAAGACCAUGCUUAUUGUUGUGUGGAGAUGGGACUUGGAAUGAUCCAAGCCAUUGAGCAGUUCUGUCAGGAGAAGAAGGAGUUGGUGAACAUGCGUGUUGGCGUCCACACAGGCACUGUACUUUGUGGGAUUCUUGGCAUGAAGCGUUUUAAAUUUGAUGUCUGGUCCAAUGAUGUCAAUCUAGCCAAUCUCAUGGAGCAGUUGGGUGUUGCCGGGAAAGUUCACCUGUCUGAGGCCACGGACAAGUUCUUGGAUGAUCGUUACCUGAGGGAGGACGGGAGGGUCCCAGAUAGGAUCAGACCAAGUUUGGUUGCAGAUCAACUCAAAGGUCUCAAGACAUAUCUGAUAUCGGGGCAUAAACUGAUGCAUGCCCAGCGGAGCUGCCCUCAGGCUGGUCUGGCAAGCGCAGCCACGUCCUGUGGCCACGCUCCUGAUCUUAUGAUCUCAACCUGCGCCCUGACACCGGACAGAGUUAAAUCUGCCUGUCCCUCGUGUAGCGUGUUGACUGAAGACGGAGUGGUUCCUAACAGCUGCACAGAUCCAAAUCACAAGACAAUCAACAGCAAGGUGCGGCCCCAAGGCCAGAGUCCCAAGACCUUUAAUGGCUUAUUAAGCCCUCACCUGGAGCAGCCGCUGACCCAGAGUCAGACGUCACUGUGCGAGAUGCUCCAUGAGAAGAAAUGGGGUGUAGCCAGUGGCAUGGGAGUGAUGGACCAUUCCGCCCUCAUCCCACUGCGCUCCAAAAACUUCCGCGAGAGGAGCGACGCUCACUUCGUGGAUGUAAUAAAGGAGGACAGUCUAAUGAAAGAUUACUUUUUCAAACCGCCCAUUAACAAGCUGAGCCACACAUUCAUAGACAAAUCUUUAGAGUCGGCUUACAAGACCAGCUACCAGGAGGAGGUGGAGACACAGGCUCCUGUUCAGACCUUUGCCAGUCCCACGUUCAGCUCUUUUCUGGACAUGCUGCUGUGUUGUUGUGUUCUUCUGGCUCUCUCAUUGGCUUGCUUCCUGCGACCGCUGGUUACCCAUCAGCCGGUGCCCACACCGGCCCUCAUAGUGGCGGCAGUCGCAGCAGUGCUUGAGUGUUUGGCCCUAUUGCUGGCAAUCCGAAGAGCAUUUUACCUGGGCACGGUUGCAAACUGCACCAGAACUCUCCUCUGGGCGAUCUCCGGCUGGAUUCCCCGUCACAUGAUCGGAGCCGUGCUGGUGUCUUUACCUGCAGUGGCUGUGUUCUCUCAUAUCACCUGCAAUAUGCAUCAAUCCAUACAGUUCACUAUGUUCACCUGCUGUGCUGUCAUCAUCGCCAUCAUCCAGUACUGCAAUUUCUGUCAGCUCAGUUUCUGGAUGCGUUCAAGCUUGGCGACGCUAACAGGACUCACUUUCUUUAGCGUGCUGUGGAGCCCCCCCUGCAGCACUUGGGAACGUUUAUUUUUUAGAUCCAGUGACUUCAACAGCAGCAGUAUUGACAUCCAGACCUCUACAAAAGAUGUGGUCCGAGCCCAGGACCUGCUCGGCCCAGAGGCUUUGGUGGCCUUUUUCCUGUUGAUUCUACUCGUCUGGUUUCUCAACCGUGAGUUUGAGGUCAGCUACCGGCUACACUACCAUGGCAACAAGGAAGCAGACCAACAUCGCAUUAAGAUCCAAAACAUGCGCGACCAGGCGGACUGGCUCUUGCGAAACAUCAUUCCCAUCCACGUGGCCGAGCAGCUCAAGGUAACCCAGAGCUACUCGAAGAACCACGACAAUGUGGGUGUCAUCUUUGCCAGCAUUGUCAACUUCAGCGAGUUCUACGAAGAGAGCUAUGAGGGCGGCAAAGAGUGCUACCGUGUCCUGAACGAACUUAUCGGGGACUUCGACGAACUCUUGCGCAAAUCAGACUUCUCCAACAUUGAGAAGAUCAAGACGAUUGGCGCCAGCUACAUGGCAGCAUCAGGCCUCAAUACGCAACAGUGCCGCGACCAAGCGCACCCUCACGCCCACCUGCGAGCGCUGUUCGAAUUUUCCCUGGAAAUGAUGCGCGUGGUUGACGACUUCAAUAAAAACAUGUUGGGCUUCAAGUUCAAGUUACGGAUCGGGUUCAACCACGGACCUCUUACCGCUGGAGUUAUCGGCACAACCAAGCUACUCUACGACAUUUGGGGCGACACGGUAAAUAUCGCGAGUCGGAUGGACACUACAGGUGUGGAGUGUCGCGUUCAGGUUAGCGAGGAAAGUUAUUGUGUUCUCAGCGGAAUGGACUACAAGUUUAACUACCGUGGUACUGUCAACGUGAAGGGUAAGGGACAAAUGAAGACCUACCUUUACCCAAAGAGCGCAGACAGACGUCCUGUGCCACAGUACCAUCUCUCGGUCUCACCAGAAAUACGAGCGCAGGUGGACGGAAGCAUUGGUCGCUCACCCACCGAUGAGAUCGCCAAUAUGGUGCCUGCCGCCAAUGCCGGUAGAGUUGGUCCAUCGUUGUCUGUCAGCUCAGGUCUUACUGGACAAGGAUACGUCGGGAGAGACUUCACUGAGAAGGUAUCUGGCAGUGAUCGUACAGCCAAGACCCAGCGAUCCGCAUCUGCUGUUGGCCUGACUGCUAUACCAGAGAGUCCAACUGCAUUUGGUAGACCACAAAACCUAAUUAGCCAACCAGAAAGCCAUGAAUCAAAGGCCACGACAAAAGAGAACAAAGACAUUGAGUACACUGGUGAACUGACAAAACUUUAACUCUAAACAAACCAACAAUGUCGUUCUUGUUGGUUGUCCCUUCUGAAAAAAACAGCUUAAACCAGCCUAAGCUGGUUUGCUGAUAUUAGCUGGUUUUAGAUGGCCUGGCCAAGCUGGUCUUCAGCUGGUUUAAUUGGUCGGCCAGCAGGUAUCCAAGCUGACCUCCUAAUAAAACCAAAAAACAGACCAGCUAAGACCAGUAAUCCAUCUUGGGCUGGUUUAAGAAAGCUAAUUUUGCAGUGUUAACCCUUUUAAAGGGUUCUAACCCUUUCUUUACGUUUUUAAGGAUAGGCAUGUUUAGGGAUGUACGUAUGCUAGCAUAGAUUUGUAUCUGUGUAUGUGGAGUGGAGAAGUCUCCUGAAUUUAAGCAUUUAAGCACAUAAUCUUACAACUAGUGUUUAUUCUGCAAGCCCAAUAUUUCAGCACAAACAGACCUAACGUACCCUUCUUAAAGGGAUAGUUCACACAAAAAUUAAACAUCUGAAUUUCUUUUUUCCAUGAAACACGGGAGAUGUUAAGCAGAACAUUAACCUCAGUCACCAUUCACUUUCACUGUCUAUAAAAAAGAAUGUGGAUUUUGGAACAACAUGAGUAUGAGUAAAUUAGGACAGUCCCUUUAAAUAGGCCACGCAUUUUUCCAAUAAUUUCAUACUGAACAUUAUUUCCCUUUAGCUCUUACUAUUUUCUGCCAUUUGUGAAUUAUUUUCUCAUAAUGAAGUGCCUUUACGAUGAUAACAUUAUGUAUGAGGCAUUUUUUUAAAUGGAAAACCGAUUCAUCAAUCCAGUCCUCAUGUAUAUUUGAUGUUAGAAAAAGUUGUAGUUUUUUGUGAAAGCAAUUGAUAUAUUUUGGAGUUCCCUCUGUUAUAAGUUCAUCGAUCAGUAUUUACGAGGCUGCUUUGACAAUUUUACAAAGCAAAACUCCAUAUUGCAAUGAGUUUACAGUAUAUUGCAAUUUUUAAAAGAAUAGCGCAUGCAUGGUGAACAGUGUCUGUAUUAGCGAAAUUGAAUAAUGUAGAGCAAGCUAUGGGCUAAAUUCUCCAGAAUCCAGAAUGUAAAAUAUUUCUACAGGACAUUUUUCAUCUUUACUUUAAUUAGCUCUACUGUAGGUCCAUGUUUGCCUUGUUGACGCUCACGUUUUUGUGUCCUUCUAAUAUUGUUUCAUUUUAUUUAUCUUUUUGCUAUUUUAUUUUUCAUCCUGCAAUAGAUUGGAGGGCUGGCCAAAUCCUAAAUCGCAAACAUUGCAGAAUUUGUGACUUUUCCAUCUGCUGUCAGCCUAUAGGUGAUGUUAAAAUAGGUUGCGAACACCGUAUCAUGUUGACUUUAACUUCUAUAAUUGUUGACUUUCAUGGCUGCACUGAGAUCUUGGAGAAGAAAAGUCAAUUAAAUUUGUUAUAUUGUCAAGAAAGUAACUUUAUUGAAGAAGAUUGGACAUUUUUUUGAUUGGAAAAUAAGUCAUUUUUGCCAUAUAAGUCACUGCAGUGGCAGAAUGGUGGCAUGAUGACUGGCAUGAACACUGUAAUGAUCAAAGUAACGUACAUUUUCUGUGCCAGAUAAAUGUAAAAACUGUGAAAAUUAGAAUGGGUUAAAAUAUAGCUUUGCCUGCUUAUCAGAGCAAUAGUAAAGGGUAAAUUAUUGUAUGGGAUAUUAGAAAAAGGUUAUCGUUCAGUCGUCGCUAUGUAAGUAAUUUUGCACUAAUAUUGCAUUCAUUACAUGACUGUCACUGCUUUAAAACUUUGCCUUUCGAUAACCAUUUGAUAUAUUUCUUUGUCCCCUUUGACUUUGUAACGGGCAACCUGUCUUAGUUUAAAAGGGUUGUGUGCUCAAGGUAUUCUCUGGUUGUAUUUCAUAUAAAUUCAGAUUUAAAUGUAGUAAAUGGACAUAGUAGUGAUAUCCAAAGAAACCGUAGGUAGAUUUUUCUUCAGCCAAAAUCGGUCUGUGCUUACCAAAAUGCGAAACACUGCCCCCGGUGGCCAAAGCGGUAAGUGUUGUUGGACAUAUGGGCAUGUGUGAGCUCCAUUAUCAACAUGAUCACACGGGAAGUCUGCAUGUUGUUUUCCGAGAGUUCCGGUACACUAUGAUUGGCCGCAUUAUGCCAACUCACAGACAAACGGCAUCUCCUAUUGAAUAUUUGUGCAUCGGCCCCAGUAUGUUUACCUUCCCUUGUUGUGUGACCGGAAGUGUGUUGUGUCAACAGCGUGGGAGACUCGGGUUCAGAUCCCACGUUGAAGCCAGCAUAAUCAGUGACAAGUGCAAUUCAGAGGAUUAAUUUCCCCUCUAACAUUACUACAUAAUUAUGUUUACUCCACUGAUGGUUACAUUUAAGUUUGGGGUUUGGGUUGCGGAGUAAAGUUUAUAAAUCAUGCAUUCCUGUUCACUGUAUUACAGCUGAAAACGACUCGCUUCGCAACUCGCUUUUGGCGCCCCUCUGUGGACAUUUCACUCAUAAAAUGGCACUCACACGUGCCCAUACGCCCAACAGCAGUUAUGGCUUUGGCCACCGGGGGCAGUAUUUCACAUUUCGGUGAGCACAUACCGAUUUUAGGUAAAGGAAAGUCAACAUACUGUUUCCGAUUUCACUGUGGGAUCAGUCAGGAUGUUUAUAGGGAUUGUGCUCUGAUUAAACGAUUGAAAGAAAAUGGGAAAUGUACAAAGUUUUGACAUGUUUGUGUGAGUUUGCUAUCUGCCAAGAACACAUACUAAAAAGGGAAUUGUUAUAAAAAGGUGAUUGAUUUGCCAGUAUUUCUCAUUGUAUGCAUUAGUGCCUUUUACUCAUUUAAAAUGCAUCUAAAUGGUCAAAGGACGUCAUCCUGUUUGUUUUCCUACUCAAAUACGGUAUAUUCACUGAAUGCUUGUGUAUGAUAAAUGUCAUCAGAUUUUUAGUGCCGUGCCUUUACUUAAUAAGACUUUGCUAGACAUGUCCAUUCCCACUGUAUAUUCUUUCUGAAUGUGAAUUAAUACUGUGUUCAUUACAGGAUGCAUAUCGUCAGUUUACUCCAAGAUGCCAAUCUUCUGUGCCGAUUUUGAUACUUGAUAUGUUUUUGGCGACACUGUGUAUAAUAAUCAAUUUAUUUAAAUAUGAUGUUUUAUAGGGCAUUAAUAAAAGUGCCCGUCUUGCGUAGAGAGGAUAUGAGCACACAACCCUUAGAGGCUCCUCUUUUUCAGUAUAGAGCAUUACGAAACUUGAUUAAAACUAAAAAUGCAUUAUGAUUCAGCCUCAGAAUAGCUGCUUUGCAUCUUGAACUAUCGAUUUUAGCUUGUUGAAACACAUUUAUGUUUAAUUUUGUUGUUGAAAUCGACUACGUAUGAACUUUGCAUUACGUUUCUGCUGCUCUUGACUUUAAGCGAGGAAAUCAUGACCGAACUAAUGCAUGAUAACCGAAGAGCCAAAUUUGAAAAACUCUUUGUUUGAUUUAUUACUUAAACUGGACCAAUUCAUGAUUCAGAGCGAUUUGACUUUAUAGAAAUGCGUGUAAGCUACUUGACCUGUAAACUUGAGGCUUUAAUUAAUUUAGUGUUACUGGGACUUCUUGCCAAAGAGUGUAUUUAUUCAAGAAUGUAUGAUUUUGACACCGUAAUAGGUCAUUUAUAAACUGUGUCCAUUAAGAUUUCUUUUAAGUUUGUACAUAUGCAUUGCUCUGUGUCAGCAUAUCAUUUUUUUGAAUUAUUUAUACUGAUGCAUGUGCCAUACUGUUACAUCAAAGCCAAUGGAGGAAAGGGGAAAGCUAAUAACACAGUGGUGAAGUCUGCCAUCUGUCUUUUGAUUUGUAAUGAAUCUGAAUGAAAAAUAUCCUGCAUUCACACAACAUCAGAAACUAAUAACUAAGAGUUUUCAUGCCACGUUCACAAGUGUAAUUUUGUAACACUUCUUUAUAAAUCCAGUCUGCUUGCUCAAAUUAAAAAAACUGUUUCGCUAAAAACACCAAAGUUAUUACAAGUAUUACUACGGUUAAACAAAUUGUUCACCCAAAACUGAAAAUUCUCUCAUCAUUUAUUCCUCCUCAUGCCAUCCCAGAUGUGUAUGACUCUCUUUCUUCUGCUGAACACAAAUGAAGAUUUUUAGAAGAAUAUCUCGGCUCUGUAGGUCCGUACAAUGCAAGUGAAUGGUGACCAAAACUUUGACGUUCUCAUAAAGGCAGCAUAAAAGUAAUCCGUAUGUGGUUUAAUCCAUAUCUUCUAAAGUGAUGUGAUAUGUGUUGGUGAGAUUCAGAUCAAUAUACAAGGUCUUUUUUUAUCAUAAAUCUCUACUUUUGCUUUCACAUUCUUCUUCUUGUGUUUUUGCUGCCACCUACUGGGCUGGGAGAAGAAUUUAUUGGAAAAAAGAACUUAAAUAUUGAUCUGUUUCUCACAAACAUCUAUCAUAUCACUUCUGAAGAAAUGGGUUUAAGAACUGGAGUCAUAUGGAUGACUUUUA